UUUUGACAAACGACGACACAACCAUUCCCGUCGAUUUCUCCGUGCUGUGGUGUGUGUUUGCCACAAACGGGAAAAAGGGAGUUUAGUUGUUCUUUCUACGGCAGAAGCUGAACGAAAGUCAUCGAUACAGCCCUCACACAACAAACACGGCUGUGGAAAUCGAACUCGACUGUGGGUGUGUGUGUGUGUGUAUUGCGUAUGUGUGAAUGUGUUGAUGAGGUGGUACUCGUCGUGCUUCUUGUUACACUGAUGGUAGUGGUGCUGCUGGUGGUGGUGGUGGUGUGAAAGACGAACAGAUGAGGUGUGCGAUUGUGGGCAAUGUUUUGUUUACGUUUCACCCCGUAUGAUUAACGCGAAGCGCACAUUGUCAAACACUCUGCCCAUCUGCUGUGUUCCCUGCCCCCUUCAUCUCGACCCCAAAAUCGCGAACGAACAAGAACGAACGACAGAACGAGAGUGAGCCUGUGUGUGUGCGACGGGCUUUUCAUCGCAGCAGUCUCAGCUGAGCGACGGCAACAGUGGGAAAGCAGAAGUAGAAGAACAUCGCCGAGCGCAGUAGCAACAGCCAGCAGCAGCAGCAGCAAGCAGCCAGGUCGUGUCUUUCCCGAUGCAGUGGCACUGUUUUUGGCCGAGCAUAUCGACGGCGACGGGUGUUGUCCACCUUUAAAAGGGACAGCGCGUCCCGAAUGCGGUUGCAUUAAAUUCACUGCUAGUGCAAAGCCACCCCACCACAGAGCGGGUGGGUGAAAAAGGAUGAGCAGCAGCAGCAGCAGCGAUUAAAUUGUGUUCGUGCCGUGGUUGUUGUGUUUUGUUGGCAAAAUAGAGAGCGCAAAGCAAAAAAAGGAAACGGAGCAGAGGAGCAACGAUGACGACGGCAAUGAUGAUGGUGGAUAACUUUGAGUGUGCUGGAUACACGUUCUACUCCAAGUUCGAUUCCGGCAACCUGGGAAAGGUCGAGCUGGUGCGAUGCUGUGAAGGACUCGGAAUCGUGGGCAACACGGUAUCGAGUGGGACGUCUGGUGUUCCCGUUAUCGGUUCGGGGAGCAGUGCCAUCGGGCCGGGCAGUACGAGCGCUUCCGCCAUAGUAGCAGCCACGCUGGGGAUUGGCUUGCAUCAGCAGCAGCAGCAACAACACCAUGGACUGCUUUCGUCGGUGUCCGGAAGUGGCAGCGCUGCCGCAACGCCCGGUGCCAACGCUGGCGGGUCCCUCGGGAUGCCCAUUCCCUCGCCCACACCGCACGCGACGGAGAAUCCGCUGGUAGAGGUGGAGUUCAAUCUGUGGACCCGCCCGGACUGUGCCGGCACGCCGUACGAGAAUCAGAACCGGACCUGGUUCCAUUUCGCGGUGACGGGCGGACGGCCCAACCAAAUCGUAAAGUUUAAUGUGAUGAAUCUAAACAAGCAGGCGAAACUGUUCAGCCAGGGCAUGCACCCGGUCACGAAGGUGGGCCCGAACGGGCGCUGGGAACGGAUCAAAGAUAAACCAUCGUACUCGAUUACGAACGAUGUGUUCUUCAUCUCCUUCCUGCACAAGGUGCCAGAGGUGGGCGGUGACACGACGCGGAUCUAUUACGCGUUUACGUUUCCCUUCACCUACACCGAGCUGAUGGACCAGCUGUCCGCGUUCGAUCGAAAGUUUGGCCGCCAUCCGUUCGAGCUGCACAAGAUGGCGUACGACAUUUCGCAAAAGUACGACUCACUGCCCGCGACCGCGGCGGAGGAAUCGAAAAACAUCUCCAACCUGGCACCGCACCGCCGGAAAGGGAAGCUGUCGAAGAUGGAGCGCGUCGACCGUACCAGCCCGGAAUCGUUCGACGAAACGGCACGGGACGGUGUCGGGGAAGGUUCGCCGCCGGGCAAGGAAGUGCUGGCGGAGGCGGCCAAAUCGCUGCAAACCGUGCUCGGGCCCGGCGGCGCCGGUGGGAUGGUAAUUGAUGAAAACACCUCCGAAUCGAUGCAGCAGAUUACAAACCUUGUGAACAAGGUGAAAAUAGAGUUACCGCAGGGUGGUAGUGAAAUGAAACAACCCGCACAACAAGCGUCCUCGUCGGCGUCCGCAAUGAAAGCAAAGUUACCGUCGUUUCACCAUCAGCUCAAUGUGGCAUCGGCGGCGGCGGUCGCCGCCAAUCCCUCCCCGGAAGACGAUCAGAAGGCGGACCCACGGGACGAGAUCUACUACUGCCGCGAGCUGCUGACGCACUCGAUCGAGCACCGCCGCAUCGAGCUGCUCACCAUCAGCUCCUUUCACGGGAUUCAGACGGCGCGCGAGACGCGCCUGCGUAAUCUGUUCCCGGACGAGGCGGCCCAGCGCUGCCACACGUUUAGGGAGAAGAAGAUCGUGUUCAUCUCGUCCCGCGUGCAUCCGGGCGAAACGCCGGCCAGCUUCGUGCUGAACGGGUUUCUCAGCAUGCUGCUGGAUCGGAAGAGCAUCGUCUCGCAGACGCUUCGACGGAUGUACGUGUUCAAGAUUAUUCCCUUCCUGAACCCGGACGGCGUGUACAACGGGCUGUACCGGUCGGAUACGCGCGGUCACAAUCUCAACCGGGUGUACAUUAGCCCCUGCCACGAGACGCAACCGGCGAUCUAUGCCGCCAGGAAGUUGAUUAGGUACUACCAUCUCGGUGUGGAUGAAGUUGAAUCGUACGAACUGGAAAAGGAAAAGGAGCACGCGCACGGGGAAGGAUCCAAGGAAGCGAUUGGUGUUGUCGAUCCCGAAAGUGCUACACCAGCCGGAGAAGGAUCCGCACCGGUGGAUUCAUCGGGAGGCAAUGUGAAAAUGGCACUGAAAAAAGGUAUACCCUCGACCACGAUCCCAUUGACGAUAACGAGACGACACAGCACUCACAGCGCACAACCGCUCUCAGUUAGUCCUAUAUGUGGUGCUACAACAGGGACAACCAAUACUACCACCACCUCUACUACCACUACUACCAAUACUACUACUCCUUCUACUAACACAACACAACACAUUCAGAAAAUGAAACUUCCCAAACUAAAAUCCAUCGACGCGUCAUGGAAAGCUUCCAGCAGUACAAGUUCCGUGCUUCCUUUCUCUGCCCCGACCUCCCACCAACCAGUCAAACGAUUGUCCUCGACCAUGUCGCUCCCAGUGGAUGGAUCGAUUCGGAAGCGCCGCACACCGUCCCUGUCCAGCACGCCGCAGUCCACCGUAAGCGUUGCCAGCGAGCGACGGUCCGUGAUUGCUUUCGUAACGCCUGCCGAACCGGCGACUAGUUUGUCCAAUCGAGCGAAAAGCACCAUUUCCCCAUCGUCGUCGUCGUCGUCGUCAUCCGCAUCGUGGUCGGAUAAACUGUUGGGCAAAAUUUUACGCCGUCGACGUGCAAAGGCUGGCGCGUCCGGUGCCGGUGUGUCUACUGGCAGUGGCGCAAAGUUGUCCCCGAUAGCGCAAGCCCUUCCGAAACCUACACUGGUGUUGCCGGCGGUGGCGGAGGAAGAGUCAACAUCCACCGCAGAGGAGCCAGCGUUGUCGGCAGCGAAAUCGUCCCCCUCCUCACCCGAGUUGGUCUCAUCACCGACGGGGUUAACCAAUGCUAACACAACUACUACCGCUUCCGUUGCAUCGUCACCACUCACCGAUGAAUCGGAUUCAGUCGAGCAGGACACACCGGCGGCGUCCGAUUCCGGGUUCAGCGAGGCAAGCUCCACCUCGUCCUCGCUGACGUCGAAGGUUGCAUCGAGCGCCGCGCUGCCCACUCAAUCAUCCGCCGAUUCCACUGGCAGCCCGCCCACAGCCGAUUCCACGCCGGCAACCGUGGUUCCGGCAGCCGUAGUACAGCCGCAGUCGCUCGUGGCCGCUGCUACGACUGCGGCCCAAGUUUUCACCGAGAAACUCAUUCCGGAGCUAAAUCCGAUCGUUAGCGAAGGCACGGCCACCACCGCUAGCAGCAGCAACAACCUUGCACCCGCUACAGUCCGCGGUACUGCUGGCGGCCGAAGCGCUUCUAGCCUGAGCUUGAAAAAAUCAAUCCACUCGGUAACGGCCAAGGUCGACACGGGAAAGGGUGGCAUCGGCAAGAGCGCCCAUCACAAGCAGCACGUGCUGAACAAGCCACAGUUUCUCGGUGCGACCCCCGGCACGCUCAAGUUCAAGGAGUUUCUGGUACAUCCGCAUCACCAUCACCAUCACCAUCAUCACCAUCAUCACCACCAUCACUAUCUGGCGGGGGGAGGAGCAGCGGGUGGAGUAGCUGGCACGGGUGGUGCCAUGUCAGCGGGCGGAAACGCUCAAGGGCAGGUCGUAGCCACGCUGCACGGUGGCAAAAUGGCGCUGGGCGCGUUCAAAAAGGGCUCCGCAGGUGGCAAGCAGCAAGCUACGUCCUCCUCCACGUCGUCCUUGAUCGGUGUGGGUGGUGCUGGUCGAGCUUCCGGCAGUGGUGGAACUGUCCUUGGUGACGGUGGAACAACGGUGGGUGGUAAAAAUCGCCCCCAAACGCCUCAAACCAACGCUGCACAGUACAGCCAUUAUCGAUCGCACCGCAACGAGUACCUUAAUCCGGUGAUGGGCGGCGGUGGCGUUGGCGGUGUGCCGCGCAGCCUGAACAUUAGCCUGGACUUUCUGGCCCAGCUGGACGAGCGGCACGAUCGGGUGGUGUACGAGGACCGUAGCAAUCUGUUCAUGUACAUCGAUCUGCACGGGCACGCCUCGAAGAAGGGCGUGUUCAUGUACGGGAACCAUCUGCCGAGCACGGUCGAAGCGGUCGAGUGCAUGCUGCUGCCGCGGCUGAUGAGCCUCAACUCGCAGCACUUCCAUUUCGAUGCGUGCAAUUUCAGCGAGCGCAACAUGUACUACAAGGGUAAGCGGGACGGUCUGUCGAAGGAAGGAUCGGGACGUGUGGCCGUGUACAAGAGCACCGGUUUGAUCAAGAGCUACACGCUGGAAUGCAACUACAACACUGGCAAGUGCGUCAACAUACUGCCACCCCGGGGCAAGGAGAUUGUGGCCAAAACGACGCACACGCUUGUACCCCCGAAGUAUACGCCGGCCGUAUUCGAGGAGGUUGGGAAAGCCCUCGGACCAUCCAUUUUGGAUCUCACCAACUCGAACCCACUGUCCCGAUUGCCGAACUGCGAGUUUCGCACCCUUCAGGGGCUGCGCAAUGCGCUGCGGAUCGAAAUCGAGCGCGGCUCGUCGAAGGCACGCGUCACCAAUAAGACCCAGAAGUCCCACACGAAGCGGCUGGCCAAUCAGCUGUCCUGCUCGAUAGACGUAGCGAAGGAAAACGCAAUCCAGUGGGAUCAUUCGCUCGGCGCACCGGUGGUCGGUGUGGCCGGCGGCGCAGGGCAGCAAACGGGUGUCCCCGGCCCGACCGUCACCGUCGCGAGCAAGAUGGUGGGUGAUCCGGAUGCGGCCACACUGUUACUAGCCGGUGGAGGAGGGGGUGGAUCCAGUGGCGCGUCCGGUGCUACCGGUGCCGGAUCGACGCAACACCCCCGGCAGGUGCUGAAAGCGAGCGGUUCAUCGGUGACGCUUAAAACGACACACGUGGUCGGUGCCGGUGGAGCCGGUGGCAAGAUUUCCCGCAAGGUCGGUGCCUUCGGUAAGCCGAAAAAAUCAAAAGUCCUGUGCGAUGUGAGCGGCACCGGUGGUGGUGUUGGUGUCGGUGGUGGCGUUGUUGGGGCGGUGGGCGCCGGUGGUAAGAAACUCCAGGAGCUAAUGCUUCGCAGCACGAAGGAACAAGUGCCUCGCAAAAAGAUCAAAGUAUCGGCCCAGCAGGCCUCGGAGCUGUGCUUUAAGGGCGGCAUUGGGUCGGGCUCGCUGCCCAACUUCCUUACCGUGGUGCCGGGCACGUUGGCCGACCUUCCGGCACUGGGCGCGGGCAAGAAGGUGAAAUCGGAAAGCAAACUACUGGACGUGAACGAUAUGCAGUGCGACGAUAGCUUCGAUGCGGCACCGUGCUGUUCGUACACCGGUGGUGGCACUGCGUCACCGGGCGCCACGAUCGUUACCACCACGCACGCUGGCAUCUCGAAGCUGAUCUCGACGUACACGCAGGCGGCAGCAAGCGAGCUGCACACGACGGUCGGCGGCACCACGGUCACAACGGAGGCGUUGAUUUGCAGUGGUGGUGGUGUUGGUGGUGGUGUCGUUGGUGGUGGCAGCGUUGGUGUCGGUGAUGUCGUCACGGCUUCGUCUUCGAUGGGUCCUUCGAUGGAGAGUGUUGUUGUCGGUGGUGGUGGUGGUGGUGCUGGUAGCAUCGCUAGCGGGAGUGGCGGUAGCAGCAGUGGCGAAGGGAAGGUCGGCACCAAGUUUGGCAAGGGUACGCUCAAGCCAAAGCAAACCAAGCUGGCCAAGUCGACCAAAUCGGGCACCGAUGCCGGCGGGAAGAAGCUGCUGAAGAAGAAACGCUACCUUAAGACGGACUCGAGCUUGAAGCGAAAGAAGACGCGUGUUAAGCCGGCCCUGACGUAGACGGAGCAACCGAACCGAGUAGGCGGCGUGUGUGGUGUGUGCAAUCAGUGAGAGAGAGAGGGAGAAAGAGAGCGAAUAGAUGUGUGUCUUCCCGUGUAAAAGAAGCAAAUAGGGCGAAUGGGAGAAAGAGAGAGAGAGAGAGGUUCUUUGAAGAAGAAGAGAUAUUUAUUUGAACGAAUCAGUAUAUAUUUUUUAUGCGCGUGUGUGUGUGUUUGUGUGUGUGCUUCCUCGCUCGACCACCGAACGCAGUUGAACGAACGCAGCCACUGAAAGUGGAAAACGUAAAUUAAGUAUAUUUCUGUUUGUUUAUGUUUCCUUUCGUUCUUUCUCUAUCUUGUUAUACACUUUCUGACCUUUGAACUUUCGUUCCACGUAAAGAAACAAAAAAAAAGUACAACACCGCUUACGCGUCCGUGCCGAUUGAGUGUGUGAUAUUUCUCGUGUAUUAUUUUGAGUGUGUGCGUGAGUGUUUUUUUAUAAAUAAUAAUAAUAUUUUAACUUUAUUUCUUUGUUGCUUUUUAUACACUACUUUUUUUGUUUGUUUUGUUAGCCAUGUAAGCAAAGAGAGUGAACCCAUUCUCCUCUUCUGUUCUGUUGUUAGACGGGUGAGACUACGGGCAAACACUACACUACAUUUACUAACUCUAAACUACGAUACGAUACGAAAGGUGUAGAAGCAAAGUGUGUUUUUUGACUGAUGAAAAUAGGUCGUGACAGAACAGAUAUAGGUCGUUUGCUUGUAGCCACACACACGAACAUCGUAGCUCGUAGCCGCUGGUGGAACGGAUCCAAAAAAACAAAACGCUCGCUUUUAAACACCAUGGUUGGAGGAAAAAAGAAAAAUACAAAAAGUGUGCGAGGUGAUAUGCCGUUUGCUUUGUAAGAUUUCGCAUGAUUCAUUUAAUCUUCUCCUUGUUCAUUGAUUCAUUUAAAACAUUACUAUCCUUGUACCUAUAAUUAUAAGCACGUAGGGAGGAGUAGAGCAGAGCCCCAACGAGCAAAAAUGUGCGCACGAAGGAACAGGUUGGCUUGUGUGCUGCGUACCUGUGAAGCAUUUGCGCGCGGGUUAGUAGUAGAAACACCAUGGAAACGAAGCGUAACAGUGGUAGUAGUGUAGUAGGCAGGCCAGCAGCAGCAAAUCGUAGUAGGUGCGAGUAUGAAAUAAAAACAAACCCACCACCACCACCACCACCCCACAAAUACUACACAAAUACAUACACGAAAGUGAAAACGUUUAGAUAGAAAGCAUAUUAGCAAUCAAAGGAAAAAAUAAAACAGUACUCGCAAGAAAUGUAACCCUAACAGUAAUAAUGGCAUUUUAAAAGAGAGAGAGAGAGAGAAAGGUAACAAUUAAAUCCUUCUGCAAAAACAACCGUCGCGCGUGCUACCACCACCACACCACCAGCCAGGUAGAACGUUUUUGCAUGCAUUUUCGUUAUGUAUAAUUAUGAUUUGUUCGGUUAAUUCAGUUAGGCUGUUAGGCAGUUAGGACCGUGAUUUAUCCCACCCGCCCACAAAAUCUCCCCAAAUCGUGUUGUAUGUGUGUGUGUGCCUGUACGUUGCAAAAGCAUUACCAUUUAUCCACAGAAGCGAUAGAAGAAGAAGAAUGUUGAAUAUGGAACAGCUGAUAUGCAUAAGUAAACAAAUCAGCAAACAUACAGACACACACACAUACACACAGGCAAGC